AUGUCGAAGCGCCACAUCAAAGCGGACGAAUCCGCCGCCGCCGCUGCCGGCAAAACUGCCGGCCUGGAAGCUUCCAUGUCUUUCCCCUCCUGCUUCCGCUUGUUUCCCCCCCUUCUUCUGAUCGUUUCCCCACCUGCUUCCACUCGUUUUCCCCCCUGCUUCCGCCUGUUUCCCCCCCUGGUUCCGCUCGUUCCCCCCCUGCUUCCGGUCGUUUCCCCUCCUGCUUCCGCUUGUUUCCCCCCCUGCUUCCGGUCGUUUCCCCUCCUGCUUCCGCUUGUUUCCCCCCCUGCUUCCGCUCGUUUCCCCCCCUGCUUUCAGUCGUUUCCCCCCCUGCUUCCAGUCGUUUCCCCCCCUGCUUCCGCUUGUUUCCCUCCCUGCUUCCGCUCGUUUCCCCCACCUGCUUCCGCUUGUUUACCCCCCUCGUUCCCCUCGAUUUUUCCCCUUAUGCAUACACCCUGUGAGCUCAACUCACACACACGUGUGAGCUCACACACGACUCUGUUCAGGAAACGGUUCAGUUCAGUUCAGGGAACGGAAUCUGCCAGAUUCUCCGCUGCUUCCCCGCUGCUUCCCCGCUGCUUCCCCGCUGCUUCCCCGCUGCUUCCCCGCUGCUUCCCCGCUGCUUCCCCGCUGCUUCCCCGCUGCUUCCUCUCUGCUUCCCCGCUGCUUCCCCGUUGCCCCAAGACCUCACCGCAUGCAUCCCUCCCUGUGCUGUGCAUGCUUCCUCCUCUUUCCUGCACCCUGCUGGGCGCAUCUCAUAUUGCCACACACCCGCCUCUCCUGUUGCUCCCUGCUGCUGCUCCCUCCCUGUCUUGCAUGUCGCGAUGCUUCUCACAUUCCACCGCUCUGGAUCUCUGCCAUCCAUUUCUUUUCGCACUGCGUGCCUUCUUGCCCUUCAUGCACAUUUCUUCCUCUCUCUCCAUCCCUCUUACCUUACCCUCCUCGCAGUCCUACCCACGCCCCCCUCUUCCCUUUCCUUUCCCGUGCCCCUCCGUCCUUCUGUCUUUGACGUCCCACUUCUUCUCUUCCUCUUGUUUUUGA